CUCCGGAGAGCGAACGGAGAGAGCGGCCCGGAAAACCCGGCAGGAACUACGCAGGCGGAGCCGGCUCCGGGAAAGGCGGAGGAAGGGGAGGAGAGCUGCGCCGCAGCGACCCACUGCGCAUGACCGUCCCCGGUUGCCCAGGCAGCGGAAAGGCGUCGCCCGGAAGAGGAGCCCCGAUGAACUGCCGGCUCCAUAACCCACCCCUGUGGAUUCAGGUCAGACCUGGGGCAGUGUUGACCAUGGCAAGGAAGAUGAGGCGCAGAGCGUGAUGCAAUGCGAUGGCCUUCUGCCUAGAAGUCCGAGGAUUCAGAGCAGCAAGGGGAACGGGCCCAAACGGGCAUCAAGACUAUGGCGGACCUUUCGCAGGAGACCUUCGAGUCCUUUACUGAUGAGGUACAGAGUUCCUGUUCAUUCAGCACCUCUGAAGGACUGCAGCCCUCGUCCUGUGCCCCUGGGAGCAAACCUGGGAGUGGAACACCGGCUACAUGCUUGGAAUAUGGAGACAAGCAAUCUGAGCUUUCAGACUUAAAAAAUAGUGAAAAGAAGUUGAGCAGAAAAUGGAUCAAUAACCUCAAGGGCAAGGAAACGAACUCUGGACAGUACCAACCAAACACUAAACUUCAAACAGAAAUCACUCAGGCAUCUCUUGAAGAACUGAAUGCUCUUCAGUCUUUCUGUGCCGUUAAAAUAAACCUGAUCCAUCACAGAGUGAACUCUAAGGGGAAAAAGAGCAACCGACAUAAAAAGCUGCAGCUUAGAUCAGAUGCAGAGGCCCCAGAGAUAGAUGCCUUAAACUGUACGGUCCCUGAUGAGCUUUUGAACAGAAUCUAUUUUAAAAACAUGAGGACAACAUCCAAACAGGUGGCAACAGAUAAGCAACACAUUUCUUCUCAUUGUCCCGACUGUAACAAGAAAAGAGCAGAACUGGCCCUAUCUGCCUUCCUGAAACAGAAAAAGACUUUACUGGAGUCACUUCUACUCCAAGAGAAAAUAGAUGAAUAUCUUCAUACGAAAGACUUUCUUACCCGUAUUGGAGAAGCACAUCAGAGCUUUCCCAGGCUUUCAGAUGACCCCAAAACAAUCUGGAAAAGACUGAGUGAGAAAUGUCAUGUCGGAUACUCUGGUUUUGAAAGGUCAGAUACAGAGCAGAAGAUGUAGCAAAAUGGAAAUAGUGCUCAUCAUUCAUCUUUUUUCUCUACCAAUUCUCAAACCACUUACUCUAAACAGGAUGGUAUUUAUUAAUGAUAAUGUGUAAUGUGGAUAGAUGUUUCUGUUGUGUAUUUGAAUAAUUAUCAUCAUUUCUAUAGGCAUUUUGAAAAUUUCAGAGUUUACUAUGCUUCCUUCACAGAUGUGAGGACUUAAAAUUUUCCAUCCAGUAUUUUUUUCAGAUUAUAGAUGGCAACAUUUUAGUUGGAAUACUUACAAAGUUUUUACAACAAUCCAGGAGAGGAAUGCUGGCAAUUUGGACUAGGGUUUUGACAGUACAAAUGGAAAGAAAUACAGAGAUGUAAGAAAUACUUAGGAGGUAAUAAUUGACAUGCUUUGGUCUUCUUUGGAAGAAACAGAUAUGAGGAUUUAAUAAAAGGUAAAUGUUAAGAAUG